GGCGGCGGCGGCGGCGGCGGAUGUCGAGUGCCGCUGUCCAGUGCUUCUUUGCUCCCGCCAACGCCAUGGCAGGCGCGCCGCCGCCCGCGCUGCGCAUGUCGCACACGCAAUUCAUUGAGCACCUCCGCCGUGCGGCCGCAUCCGCCCGCGCCCCGCGCGCCGGCGAGGCCCUCCAUGGCUGGGCGCUCAAGUCCGGCGCCGCCUCCCACGCACCCGUCUCCAACUCCCUAAUCACCUUCUACUGCUCCCUCUCGCGGCCGCUCCUCGCGGCCGCCUUCGCCGUCUUCGAGGAUAUCCCCGCUGCCACGCGCGAUGUGGCCUCGUGGAACUCCCUCCUCAACCCGCUCUCCCGUCACCACCCCCUCGCCGCGCUCUCCCACUUCCGCUUGAUGCUCUCCUCCUACGACCGCAUCGUCCUCCCGUCGCCGCACUCCUUUGCUGCUGCGUUCACCGCCGCGGCCCGCGCGCCGUCCGCGUCCGCCGGCGCAGCAGCCCACGCGCUCGCGUGCAAGUUUCCCUCCUCCUCCGCCGGCUCUGACAAUGUGUUCGUCUCCACUGCCCUGCUCAAUAUGUAUUGCAAACUGGGUAUUACUUCCAAUGCCCGCAGGGUGUUCGACGAAAUGCCGCAUCGGAAUGCGGUGUCUUGGACUGCUAUGGUGUCUGGGUAUGCUUUGGGGAAGUGCUCUGAGGAGGCGUUUGAGAUCUUCCGGUUGAUGCUUCAGGAGUGCCCCUCUGAGAAAAAUGAAUUUGUCACCACGGCGCUUCUUAGCGCAGUUAGCGUGCCAUCAGGUUUGCUUAUGGGGGUGCAGGUGCAUGGGUUGGUUGUGAAGGAUGGGUUGGUGGGAUUAGUAUCUGUGGAGAAUUCACUUGUCACACUGUAUGCAAAGGCUGAGUGUAUGGAAGCAGCUCUGCAGGUGUUUGGGUCAUCAAAGGAGAGGAAUUCAAUAACAUGGUCAGCGAUGAUCACCGGGUAUGCUCAGAAUGGGGAGGCAGAUAGUGCAGCUAGGAUGUUCUUACAGAUGCAUGCUGCAGGAUUCUCACCAACAGAAUUCACCCUUGUUGGGGUACUGAACGCAUGCAGUGACAUGGGAGCGUUGUCUGUUGGGAAGCAGGCUCAUGGUUUGAUGGUGAAGCUGGGGUUUGAGAUGCAGGUUUAUGUGAAGAGCGCAUUGGUUGACAUGUAUGCCAAGUGUGGUUGUAUUGGUGAUGCAAAAGGUGGGUUUCAGCAGUUGUAUGAUGUUGAUGACGUUGUGCUUUGGACAGCGAUGAUUGCUGGGCAUGUGCAGAAUGGGGAGCUUGAGGAAGCCCUGGUGUUGUAUGCCAAGAUGAACAAAUUGGGCAUCUCGCCCAGUAAUCUGACUAUAACUAGUGUUCUUAGAGCAUGUGCAUGCCUUGCGGCGUUGGAGCCAGGGAAGCAACUGCAUGCACAAAUAAUGAAGUGUGGGUUUGGUUUGGGUGGUUCUGUUGGAAGUGCUCUGUCUACAAUGUAUUCAAAGUGUGGGAACCUUGAAGAUGGCAUGGCUGUCUUCAGAAGCAUGCCUGAUAGGGAUGUUAUUGCAUGGAAUUCAAUCAUUUCUGGGUUUUCACAAAACGGAUGUGGUAAUGGUGCACUUGACCUGUUUGAGGAGAUGAAGUUAGAGGGCACUGCACCUGAUCAUAUAACAUUCAUUAAUGUAUUUUGUGCUUGUAGCCACAUGGGCUUAGUCGACAGAGGUUGGUUUUAUUUUAGGGCAAUGACCAAAGAUUAUGGUUUAAUUCCUAGGCUUGAUCACUAUGCUUGCAUGGUUGAUAUUCUUAGCCGAGCAGGGCAGUUAAAAGAAGCAAAGGACUUCAUAGAAUCAAUAACUGUUGACCAUGGAACAUGCCUAUGGCGUAUAGUCCUAGGAGCAUGUCGUAGUUUACGGGAUUUUGAUGUUGGGGCAUAUGCAGGUGAAAAACUGAUGCAGUUAGGUACUGAGGAUUCCUCUGCUUACAUAUUGUUAUCAAACAUCUAUGCUUCCCAGAGGAAGUGGAAUGAUGUUGAGCGGGUGAGACGUUUGAUGAGACUCCGAGGAGUUAGCAAGGAUCUAGGUUGUAGCUGGGUUGAGCUUAAUAGCCGAGUUCAUGUGUUUGUCGUUGGGGAACAACAACAUCCUGAAGUGGCAAAUAUAAAUGCGGAGUUGAUAAGGCUAGCCAAACACAUGAAGGAUGAAGGCUAUCGUCAAACAUGCAAAUUCCCAUUUGAUGAAGAAGUGAAUGCAUCUGGAGAAACUCAUGGAGAAGAUCAACUAGAAUUGAUGUCAGCAGCUUAUGUCUGAGUUCCCAAGAGAUAAGGAAGUGUCACUUCUUGCUGGUAGCAAGCAGGAGCAGCGCAAGGAGCAACUGGUCCUCUUGCAAAGAUCCAAUGUAUUGCUGGUACUACUUACAACACAUGGAGCCAAUGUUUUGUUGACUAGACUGUUCAAGUGCACACAUGCUAUCAGUUUUCCAGUGUGAGCCCUUCAGCACCAUGGUAUUCUGCUUGCUCAGGUUCAACUCUCAUUGCCUGGCUUUGUUUGGAAAGCCAAGGAUAUUAGCAUAAGUUACCCUAUUACCAAGAUUAAUAUCAUAGCUAGUCAUGUAUUGUACAUGCCUUUAUUCUUAAACAAAACCAUGAAGGAUCUAUAGCUUUACAUGCUUUGCUUGGAAAAUUCCAAGAAAAAUUGUCUGAUUCUAAGUGUCAAAUAUGCCAUUACUUUCAUAUACUUAGGCAAGAAUUUACAUUGCAUGUAAACUGAUUCCUGAUUCAUUGUAUGUAACUAGGUUGAAACAUAAAUUUCAGGCUUCUGCUGGAAUGUCAUUGCAGCUUAUUGUUUUGACUUUUGACUGCAUGCUUAUCUCAGUGUGAGUCCUUUUAAAGCUCAUAGUAAGGUUUGAUUCAAGAUAUUUACCCUUUCACAUGUGUCAAAAUUUGUCAGACUCAUAUGAAUAGGUGAAUAGAGUUCUCUUUUGUUAUCAUUUAGCAAUUGUAGGCUCAUUCAUAUGUAAUCAGCAAAAUUGAGUUAAUGUAGUUUGAUAUUUGGAGGUAUGUCUAGUUAUUUUGAGAGUGUAAAACGUGGCCCAAGUAAGAACUAGCAGAGCAUAAAGAAGGUUUUAGUUGUUUGAUAUUUCUCUCAUAAUUCUUAUCAUAAGUUUUUUCUCUCUCAGAUUUUUGACAUCUCUUAUUGAUAUCUUCGUCCAUUGACACGUCAAGCUUGAGGUCUGUAGACUAGACUAUAUACAUCUAAUACUAGAGAUUAAAGAACGAUGGUAAUUUGUUUGGUGAGUUAUAGCAGGAAAGACUCUGAUAUAUCUGCAUCCCAAGCACGUUGGGGGCAUUACGUGGUUAUUCUUAUGUUUCAGGACUGAUUCUAAAAUGAGGUGAGGCAUGACUGCAGGACAUUCUUUCCAAGAGGAGCCAUUCUUUCCAAGAGGAUUCAAAUUGCCCCGUUUGGAAACGGUUGGUUUUGGAGAGACUAGGUUGGCAAGGCAGAUGGCAGGAGAAUCAAGAUACAUUCUAGACUUGUUGAAAAACUCAUACUGAAUAGCAAUGAAGACAAUCGAAUAUGAAACCAAUGAGUGGAAGUUUGACUUGGUCAAAUAUAUCUAUAUCUGGAGCCAGACAUAUCACUUGAUCAAUACAUCAGGGUUAAUACUGUUUCAUGGGUAUGCCAGAACUCAGAGAUAUAUUAUUUUUUUAUUAACAAAUCAUCCUUCUGUCACAUUUGGGCACCUAACCUAGGAUCAAAUAAAGAAUAGCAAUUAUGACCUUACCCUUUUAGUAUGGUCUUCUAUAUGAAAAUUACAGGCAACGCCAAAGGUUCCUUUUUC